AUGAAAAGAGGUGCUAGCGGUACAGUGACUAUUGCGGCAUCAUCUUCAAACUCUCAAUCGCAAAUAAGAAUGCCGGCACCCAAUGCUACCAAAAAUGGGCCAAUUGUCUACAAACGGAUCAGAAUUCUCGAUUCUGAUUCGGAUGACUCUGCAUCACCAGCUAAGAAGGCUGGUCUUAGCCAAAUGGAGCUUACCACAGCUGUGAAAGAGAGAAGAUUUCGGAACAUGCUGGAAAUGUUCCCUGAGAUAUCUCCUAUGCUCAUUAAAAACACACUGGUUAAACAAGGUUGGAAUGAGGAACGCACUAGAGAUGAUUUGCUAAAGCAUGAUCCAGAAAGUGACGAUAAGGCUGGAACCUCUAUGUUUGUUAGUCCACGGCCAAGCUUCUCUGGAUACAUUGCCCGUCCAAAUGGAAAUAUGGGUAUAGUGAGAGUAACAAGUGGGCCUACAGCUGUAGUGAGGAAGCCUUUAGCUGCGAAAGGUGGUAGAGCAAGAAGAGGUAGCAGUGGCAGUGAGGAUGAUGACUAUGGAGUUAGAAAAGGAAAAGAUGAUAGAGUUUAUGACAGUGAUGAUUCGGACAAUGAAAUAACUGAUGAUCUGGUGGGUGACAAGCGGAAAGUGUUUGAGUUCCUCAACACAAGUAACAUGAAUGAGCUCUCACUACUCAGUGGUUGCUCACAGAAAAAAGCAGAUGCAAUCAUUGCACUGCGGCCAUUUAAGGGUUGGUUGGAUAUGGUUGAAAAAUUCAACAGCAACAAACUGCUGAGCACAGAACUGUUAAAUUCUACCCAGGAGUUGUUAAGCACAAGGAACAAUAUACAGCGGCUGAUGAAGAAGUGUGUGGGCUUAGCUCAGCAGUUGGAGGCGGCAGUGGCGGCUGGCGCUGGCAGACUCAAGCAACCAAGCAUAUUAGACCAGAGCUUGAAGUUGGCCCCAUACCAGCUAGUGGGGCUUAACUGGUUAGCUGUUCUUCACAAACAGGGCGUCUCUGGUAUACUCGCGGAUGAAAUGGGCCUUGGGAAGACUGUGCAAGUCAUUGCCUUCCUUGCCCAUCUCAAGGAGACUGGGCAGGCUAGGGGCACACAUUUGAUUGUUGUCCCCGCUUCAACAUUGGACAACUGGAGCGGCGAGUUGGCGCGUUGGUGUCCCUCACUACGAGUCAGCAAAUAUUACGGACACCCAGACGAAAGGCGACAACUGCGUGUAGAGUACGCCAGAGGUUUGGACUCGAUUGAUGUCGUCUUAACUACUUACACAAUGGUGAGCAGUUGUCCCGAAGAGCGUAAAAUGUUCCGCAUCACGCCAAUGCACUACGUGAUAUAUGACGAAGCUCACAUGCUCAAAAAUAUGUCUACGCAAAGAUAUGAUAACUUACUCAAAAUAAAGUCCAAGCACAGAUUGUUACUGACAGGAACACCGUUGCAAAACAAUCUACUGGAGCUGAUGUCGUUGUUGUGUUUUGUCAUGCCUCACAUGUUCUCCGGCAAGACUGAUGACCUCAAAAGCUUAUUCCAGAAGAAUUCUAAAGCCAAAGCGACGAAGAAAACUAACGGCACAUCCAACAGCGCGGAGGAUGACGUGCCCGCUUUCGAGCAGAGCCAGAUCACGCAAGCCAAGAGGAUCAUGAAGCCGUUCGUGCUGCGGCGGCUGAAGAGGGACGUCCUCCAGGACCUGCCGAAGAAGACCAACCACACGGAGCUGUGCUCGAUGUCUGAGAGGCAGCAGAUGCUGUACAAGAACCUGAUCGCCGGUUUCUCCGCGAAGGACGGCACGAUACACGCUACUACGGAGCAGAGCGGCAUAUCGAUGAUGAUGGACAUGCGCAAGCUGGCAAACCACCCGCUGCUGCUUAGGUACCACUACGGCGAGGGGGUCGUGAGGAAGAUAGCGUCGCGGCUCGUCAAGGAGUCCACCUACAAGGAGAAGAACGAGCAGUACGCCUUCGAGGACCUCCUCUGCAUGUCCGACUUCCAGAUACAUCAGCUCACUCUGCAGUACCCGAGUCUACGCUCGUACUCAGUGCCCGACCACUUGAUACUGGACUCUGGAAAGUUCCAAAAGUUGGAUGAGAUGUUGCCCCGUCUGAAGGAGGAUGGCCACCGCGUGCUGGUAUUCAGCCAGUUUACCAUGAUGCUGGACAUCUUAGAACCUUACCUGAAUCUCAGGAGGUACCGGUACCUGCGGCUGGACGGUAGCACUGCGGUCACCGACAGGCAAGAGUUAAUAGACCAGUACAACGCUGAGGACAUCUUCGUGUUCCUGCUAUCGACGCGCGCUGGAGGUUUGGGUAUCAACCUGACGGCUGCAGACACGGUCAUCAUUCACGACAUCGACUUCAACCCGUACAAUGACAAGCAAGCGGAGGACAGGUGUCACAGAAUGGGUCAAACUAGGCCCGUUACAAUAUAUCGGUUGCUCAGUUUAGGAACAAUAGAAGAGGGUAUCUACCAAGUAGCACAGGAAAAACUUAAUUUGGAAAAGCAUGUCACUGGCGCAGAUGAAAAUGAAUCGACAGAGAACAAGAAUGUUGUGCGGCUACUGUCUGCUGCUCUAGGUCUCACAUCGCCCAGCAAA